AUGAUACGUAAAGGCAUAGAAAUUGAAGAAUCUGAUGCAUCUCUACUUAAUGAAUCUGGGAUAUCCAAAAUCCGAAAGACUAAGGAGAAAAACAGUCCUUCCAAAGCAAAUAUCUACAAAAAGCGAUUGCUCUCACCUGUGACAACAACACCAUAUCCUUCUUACACGAUUAAACCCAUCGCGUUUUACGCCUAUAUGUCGCAACACACACCAGCAAUAUCAAUUCAGCAUCCCUUGUCGUUUGAUGUCGUGAAAGCCAACUUCGGAAAUGGUUAUCAUUCCACCACGGGGGUAUUCAUGGUGCCAGAAAGCGGGGUUUAUGUGUUUACUUGGACGAUCAGAAUUGGUGAAAGCAAUUAUCAUUCCACACAGUUGAUGGUGAAUACGGAUGAACUGGGUAUAAUUUACUCACAUGUUGGCUCUGGUUCAGACAUUGGAGGAACAGGUAUUGUUGUGGCGCACGUCGAUAAAGGAGACGAUGUUUACGUGAGGACACAUGCUUCGUGGAAUAGUGGAGUUAUUUAUAGUAACGAGGCAGGAAGAUCUUCAUUUGCAGGCUGGAAACUAUUUUAA